CUGUUUGGCGGUGUGACGAAGAAGUGAAACGGCGUCAGUGCGCUGUUGCCUCUCAGCGUACAGAUGCAGAAAGAAAGCUGAUUCAGUUGGACAAACCAGUUCUUUUUCUUUCUCCGACGAGUUAUUAUGCGGAAUAGCUAUAUUUAGUUUGGAUGUUUCACUAGAACCACUGUGUGGGGGGAAAAAAGGACAACAAAAAGAAAGAGAAAGACGCUUGAGACUUAGUUGUAAAACAAUUCCUCGGGUCGGCUCCGGCUCAUCUCUUGACUUCAUUGCUGUUUUGAGGGACAUUUUUCUGCGCUUCUGGGAAACAUGAGCUUUCUUUUUGGAAACCGUUCAUCCAAAACGUUCAAGCCCAAGAAGAAUAUCCCGGAGGGCUCUCACCAGUACGAGCUGUUGAAACAUGCCGAGGCCACGCUGGGAAGUGGAAACCUGCGCAUGGCGGUCAUGCUGCCCGACGGUGAAGACUUAAAUGAGUGGGUUGCAGUGAAUACUGUGGAUUUCUUUAACCAGAUCAACAUGCUGUACGGCACCGUCACAGACUUUUGCACUGAGGAAAAGUGUCCCAUCAUGUCUGCUGGUCCCAAGUAUGAGUACCACUGGGCUGACGGAACCAAUAUCAAGAAACCCAUCAAAUGCUCCGCCCCUAAAUAUAUCGAUUACCUGAUGACCUGGGUGCAGGACCAGCUUGACGAUGAAACCCUUUUCCCUUCAAAGAUCGGUGUCCCGUUCAAGAAGAACUUCUUGAAUGUGGCGAAGACCAUUUUAAAGCGCCUGUUCAGGGUCUAUGCUCACAUCUACCACCAGCAUUUUGACUCGGUCAUGCAGCUGCAGGAGGAGGCCCACCUCAACACAUCCUUCAAACACUUCAUCUUCUUUGUUCAGGAGUUCAACCUCAUCGACAGAAAAGAGCUGGUCCCACUCCAGGAGCUGAUUGAGAAACUGACGACCAAAGACAGAUAAACAGCAUUGUCCCCAUUUGUUUUUUUUUAUUGUUCCUUCUAGUUUUUGCACAGAUACCCACCACCCCCUGGCUGUAUGUAUGCAGUAUAUAGUAUAUUUCCAUUUAGGGGAAAUGAUCUUAAGGCCAGGAAGAAGGAAGGGUUUGGAUAGUUUAAGGCAACAGUACUAAUUUAAUCAGGGAUUACAGGUUGAAUUGACAAACCGUAGAUUAUGAAUAGAGAAAAAAGGGGUUUAGCUGUUUUAGAAAAAAAUCCCUACAUGUAGAGUAUUUUCUUUUCUUUUUUUUUUUUGUUUUACACUAAUGCUCUCUUAGGUUGCACAGAUUUUCUUUUUAUUUGGAUUUUCAGCGGCUCUUUUUCAAGCAGUCAAACACAAGGGAAUGAAGCAAAAAUACUAAACAUCGUUGAUGAAGCAGUUUAAGCCUUUUUGGUAGUUAUUUUGUUCGACGAGAAGGAUUGGGAUUCGAUUUCUCAUUUUGUUCGGUCAAUACAAAAACCCUAAGUGCCUAGCAUUGGCUCAUAAUUGCCCUAUAUCAGAAGAUGAAGGCCAUACGUGACAUAUUUCAGGUUUACACCGGGGGGGGGGGGGGGGGGGGGGGGCGGCCCAACCCCGACGCACCAGAUCCACCGGGUUUCCCGGCCAUCCCCGCCCCUCUCUCUGCUGGUUAGCCAGAGGGUUUCAUGGUUUCACGGCCAAUCGUGAAAACAGAGAGCACGCAAGCCGGUGGAUCUCAAGGACCAGGGUUGGACAGCCCGGCUGUACGCUACAUUUUUCUUUUAGUACUUGGUCUAAAAAUGUGCCGCGCCUUUAUUUUGUCCAGAAGUCUGCUGAGGGUUCAGUGCAGGCUGUGAUACACGAAGGGUGUAGAAGUUGGAGUUGGAUGUUUUCCUGUGUGCCCCCCCCCCCAUAGACUUUAAGGUAAACUGUACAUACAUUUCCUCCGAUAGAUUAGAGUUUGAACUCCCUGCUUGGAAAUAAAAAGGAAUCUUUCUAGGAUUGGGACGUCGCUGCUUCCAUCUCAAAGCCAUUAAGCACUUUGAACACGUUUCCUAUAACCUCUGACUGAAUGUCUCUUCCGCAUAGACUGCAUCAUGUGACGCAUCGUCUUUCUCCCUCUCCUUUCUCCAAAUGAAUGUUAAAGAACUGAACCUCUGAAACAGCUAGAAGGCACAAGCGUUGUUUUACUUCACGCUUUUGCGAGGUUUGACUUCGCCGAGCUGCAGACGCACGCUUCCCUCCCCAUGUCAAAGUGUAGUUCACUAUGCAAUAAUUGACACUUACGGCCGGCUCUUUGAUACUUCACGGCUAAUAGAACUUUCUUGACAGUGAUUUAAUUGGGUGUGACUAAACUAGAAGAACUUUGCUGUUAGCUUUAGUUUCAAAACCAUUUUUAUACCUGAAAUCUGUGAGAAAGAAGUACUAGUGGAUGCACCUGUAUAAAUACUGAGGAUUCGACCUGAGUUGAAAGAGUUUCAGCGAGCAUGAAUGGGUCGCUUUUGAUUAAAUGAAUGCAUAGAGUCUUUUUAGAGGCUGCCUCUUUAUCUGUAUUAGAUUUUUGUUUUUGUUUUACUUGUUUAUUAUCUUGAAUUUCUGUUUCCUUGCCUAACUAUUAUGAAUGUUACCGGUCACCAGAUUUAUGACAGUGUCAGAGAAGCUGUGAUGAAAGAAAACAGUUUUUCCCUUCAGUGUCAUGAGUGAUAAAUUGUUUGUACAUCUUGGCUUUGUAGGGGUUUUUCGGUCAAACCAAUUAAUUUAUGCUGUUUACAAAGCAAAUAAAAAGGUGGUCUUGACUCUUUAUCAGAAAUAUUUAA